GCUUUAACAAUAGCACAAAGUUAUUACAUGCACAGACAGCCCAGGAACAGGAAGGACUGAGCCAUCUGAAUGGCACAAGGCCGCAUUAACACUGAACUUCUGCAGAGAACAUAAUGGAUCGCUCUUGGAGUGCCAGACUAGCUAAGAGCUCCUGGAACAGAGGAACCUGCCAAUGUUGUCUUUCAAACAGAAUUCAACCACUGGUGGUCAUCCAAUUAGACAAAAAGAUUCUUCCAGAGACUAAGAAGUGGCUAAUAUCUAAAAUUCAAGAAGCCGAACUGUUGGUUCAUCCUGGUGAAGAUGAUGAGGGGGACAUGAUCCUGCUUUCCAUUUCUCACUGCACUCUAUUACAUUCAGCUGAGACCCUUGGGCUUUCUAAAAUCUAUCACAAUGGAGAAGUGAUGCCAUUCUCUAUCACUGACAGAGAAAACUUUUCAAAUGCAGCAAAUGAUGAGGACUUUGUGACUCUUGCUGAGAAACAGUACAUUAUUAAACAGAGGCUGGAUCAUUUAAAGACAUUGGAAGAGGAAUCUAUUCCAGGCUGGCCUAUGAACAAAAAGAUUCUCAAAGGAGAGUUAAUAUUUAGAAAGCUGGUGAAGCAGGGACUAGUGAAGAAGAUCUAUCCACUGCAUGACGUAGUCAAACUGAAAGCCUUUGCUACUCAAUGGUACACAGAGAUCUCUUUAGCUAUACCAACAGAUGACAUCCACUCUUACUUUGGUACUCCAAUAGCUUUCUACUUCAGUUUCCUGGUGUUUUACACUUGGUCAAUGGUGCCUCCUGCAGUGAUGGGCGGACUUCUUUAUCUAAUGCCUUGGGACUCCUUGAUUGGCUACAUCACACUGGCUAUUUUUAAUGUGAUUUGGUCUACAGUAGUAUUAGAAUUAUGGAAACGUAGAAGUGCAGAACUGGCUUAUAACUGGGGAACCCUGCUGCUUAAGAGUAACUUUGAAGAACCUCGACCCAGCUAUUGGGGGCCUUUAGGGAAAAACCCUGUUACAAGACGGCAAGAACCUUAUUAUCCCAGUUGGAAAAGAAAAGUUCGGAUGUGGCUGGUGUCUGGGCCUCUAGUUUGUGCAUUACUGGGACUUUCAGUAAUUGGAAUGGUUGCUUUCUUCUGGUUUGAGCGUCUGAUGAAGUAUUACUACAAACAGACUCCUUGCUUUCUCACACUACCUCUCAUCUACCUACCGUCUAUAGUGCAUACACUCUACACUGAUCUGAUGAAUAGAUUCUACAAAGGCGUUGCAGAAAGACUCACAGAAUGGGAGAAUCAUCGAGUGGAGUCUUCAUUUCAAAAUUUUUACACACUUAAAAUUAUUGUGUUCACUUUCUUCAACAGUUUUGCUGUUUUAUUUCACAUUGCUUUCUUCAAGCAGGACCUGCAGCUUCUACAAAAGAGGCUGGCAUCAUUGCUGAUUGUCAGUCAGGUGAUUAACCAGUGCACUGAGACUCUAAUACCGUACAUGAAGGAAAGGCUUUUUCCUUUACCAGGGAAGAAACAGUCUAAGGAUGAUCCAGACAUUGACAAGAUUCAUUACCAAGGCCAAAUGACAACUUGUGCAGGUUUGUUUGGUGAAUACAUCGAGCUGUUCCUUCAGUUUGGCUACCUCAGUUUCUUCUCUUGUGUCUACCCCCUUACAGGGGCCCUACUAUUACUCAAUAAUCUAACAGAGAUCCGCACUGAUGCAUUGAAAUUCUGCAGGAUCUUCCAGAAACCCUUUGCUGUUCCAGCAGCAAACAUUGGAAUUUGGCAGUCUGCCUUUGAAAUGCUGGGACUUGUAUCGGUCAUAUCCAAUUGCUUCCUCAUUCUGAUGUUACCUCAGAUGACAACCUACUGCCAAAACAAUGAAAUUGACAACAAGACAGUCCUAUUUCUUGCUAUUGUCCUUGAGCAAGCACUUAUUUUUCUCAAGAUAAUUAUAGCUUUUGGAAUUCCUGAUGAGCCUGAAUGGGUGAGAAUAAAAGUUGCUCAAAUAGAAUUUCAAUCUUUUCAGGCUCUCAAACAACAAAAACAAGGCUUGUGAUGAUACAAGGAAUUAUUAGGACAUAGCCAUUCUUAUUAUUUGCACUGCAGACUUACAUACACCUUGUUCUUCUGUACAAUUCCUGUGGAUUUUUUGUAAACUAUGCAUAUUUUUUAACCUGUAAAGAAAAUAAAGGUUUUGCAUAUCUAUGAGAAAGACAA